AUAAUGUUCGCGUGUGUGUGCGGGAUUGGUUUGUUUGAAAAAAGAAAGAAAAACUUGAAUAUUUUCUUCCACUUGUUGUUGUCAAAUCGAAUGGCAAAAGUCAGUCAGUCACAAAAAAAAAUGAGAGUUGAGAGUUAACCACAGUUGAGUUGCGUUUUAUAUUCAGGUUAUUCAUUACGAACAAUAUCUGAUCAACAAAAAUUUCAACCAAUGGCACCAUAUCCAAAAGCAUUAGAACAACAACCCAAUGAUAUGUCCAAAUUACCCAAAAAACAAUCAUGGAAAGAAGCAUCAUCAUUAAUAAUAUUAGCACCAGAUAAUCAAUCGAAAAUCAAUCUUACAGAUGAUCAAAAUCUACCGAUCAAAUUUGAUUAUAAUACAUUGAUGGUAAAACGUUCAGUUACAUCAUCAUUUUUUGCAUCGGCAUAUGUAUUUCCAGGUGGACAAGUUGAAUUAUCUGAUUUUGAAUAUAAAUGGUAUGAUUUAUUUGAAAAAUACGGUAUCAAUUUGAAUGAUUUGGAUCGAAUAUCAAUGGAUAUUGUUGGACCAAGACCACCAAUGAUUACCGAUCCUAUAACGUUAAAAGGACAAUCAACCAAUAUGAAAAUUAUCAAUAUGGAUAUUGGUCUUCGUAUUACAGCUAUUCGUGAAACAUUUGAAGAAGCUGGAAUACUUUUACUUGUUGAUCCAAAAAAUCAUAAUGAUAAUGAUUAUUGUAAAGUUUUAACAUCAAAAUCACUCAAUACCGAUCUGAAUGAAUGGAGACAAAAAAUUCGAUCAGAUUCUGGACAAUUCAUUCAACUUUGUGAUCAAUUAAAAAUGGUACCAAAUGUAUGGUCACUUUAUGAAUGGUCAAAUUGGCUAACACCGAUCAGUGUUGGUCAUCGUCGUUUUGAUACAAUGUUUUAUGUUUGUUGUUUUGAACAAAAACCACCAGUUUUUGUUGAUAAUGCUGAAGUAACUACACCGAUUUGGUGUAAUCCAAUCGAAAUACUUGAAACACAUCGUUUGGAUCAGGCAUUUUUAGCACCACCACAAGUAUAUGAAUUAUCAAGAUUUUUACGUUUUCCAAAAAUGGAUCGAUUAUAUCGUUUUAUGCGUUCAAGACAAACAUUAGGUUGUCAACGAUGGUUACCAGUUUUUCUUACAUAUGAUGAUGGUGCACUAUCAUUAGUACCUGGUGAUGAACAAUAUCCAACCGAACCAUUAUUAGUUAGUGAUGGUAAACAAAUACCCGAAUUUAAUGGUAGUGUUCAUGAUGCAAAUCGUAAUGCAAAAUCUAAAAAUCGUAUGGAAUUAAUGGGAAUUAAAUGUCGUGCAAUUUGUACAAUUGAACCAGGUUGUGGUCAUAUUCCACCAAUUACAUAUCCUUUCAAUGAUGAUUCUGAUGGUGAUGAACAAUCGAAACCGAUAGCCAAAUUAUAAUGAUAAUUUUGUUGAAUUUUAUUUU